UUCGAUUUAACGGCGGGGUGAGGUGCACUUUUAUCUUCCAAUCGAUAUGACUCGGUAAUAGAUUAAACGAAUCUACUCUAAGAGCACUCUAGGAGAUCUACGGAAUAGAUAUAACUCACACCCCUUUGACGAUAAAACAGAGAGAGAGAGAGAAGGGGAAAGCGAGCGUAACGUCAGAUAUGACUUCAUCUCUCGCACGCACGCGCGCGCUUACGCGAUAUCACAAGCGCGACGAGUUCGGUGCGCUUCAGCGCGUAACGUUGGAACAAUGAGAUAGCCCGAGGGAUAUUUUUAUUGGUUGACGCGCUACGUUGCGAGUUAUCAGAUAUCCGUAUGCGAAUUGUCCUCAGCGAUAUCUGUAAUCUCACGAUUUUCUCGCCUUGAUGUGAAACGUGCUAUCGGAGUAACGCAAUGACAACGAGCACGUAGAAUUUGACACAGCGCACAGCAAGUCGAGUGAGUCGAGGAGCUGUUUUCCCGGGGGAGGACAAAAUGGGAGAUCAACAGCAGCAGCAGCUGAACAAUUUGAUCAAAUGGUUAGACACGUUCGACCUUCAAGCGCCGCACAACUCCGCGGAGGAUAUAAGCGACGGGGUGGCUCUGGCAGAAGCCUUGGCCCAAAUCGCGCCGGAAUGGUUCACGGUAGUGUGGAAGGCUAAGAUCAAGACCGACGUAGCGGCCAAUUGGCGCCUCAGAGUGAGCAAUAUGAAGAAGAUCGUGGAGGCUGUGAUGGAGUACUACGUAGAAUGCUUGAACCAGCAGCUGUCCAGUUAUAUCAAGCCGGACGCAACCAAGAUCGGCGAGCAUUGCGACAGCGAUGAGCUGUGCCGUUUGCUGCAGCUGAUUCUGGGCUGCGCCGUCAAUUGCGAUCAGAAGCAGCAGUAUAUCACUAGGAUAAUGGGCAUGGAAGAGCCUGUGCAGCGGGCGAUAAUGCUGAGUAUUCAGGACUUGGACAGGAGCGUUCACGGGCCUAGCUUGAGCCUGGGCACUAGCCUGAAUUUCGAACCUGUGGAUGCGGCUGACGGUGUCCAGGCGAGGCUGCAUGCCGACCUACUGGCGGCGGUGGACAUGAAGGAUCAGCUGGAACAGAAGUGUCACAAGCUCGACCAACAGUUGUUCCUGCUGCAGGAGGAGAAGGCAGCAUUGAUCGUGGAGAACAAAAAGCUGCAGGAGCAGCUGGACGAGUUUGAGAAUCCGGAGGAGUCCGGCUCGAUCUUGAAGUACUCCGGCCUGCGGAAGCAGGUGGAGACGCUCAAGGACGAGAUGUUCAAGGUGGAGACGUCCAGGGACGAUUUCAGGCUGAAGGUGGAGCUGCUGGAGAAGGAAGUGCUGGAGCUGCAGUCGAGGCAGGAGGAUCUGCAGAAGGCGGCCGACGAAGCCAACCAUCUGAAGGACGAGGUGGACGCAUUGAGAGAGACCGUGGAUAAGGUGGCCAAGUACGAGCUCAUGAUAGAGUCGUACAAGAAGAAGAUGGAGGACAUGGGUGACCUCAAGAGGCAGGUGAAGAUACUGGAGGACAAGAACCUCGAGUAUCUGCAGGAGAAGCUGGACUACGAGGAGGAGAUUAAGCGCACGGCGAUGCUGCGCAAUCAUAUGGAGACCUGCAAGCAGCAGCUGACCGAGACCCAGCGCAAGCUGGACGAAAUGAGCAGCAGGUACGACCGGCUGGUGUGCGAGGACAAGAAGAAGGAAGUUAGGAUGAACACAUUGCAGCGAGAGAGGGACCGGCUGGUCAUCGAGAGGGACGCGCUGAGGGAGACGAACGAGGAGCUGAAUUGCGCGCAGCUGCUGGCCGCCGAGAACAUGAUGGCGAAGCCCAGCGCCGUCGACAGUAACAACAGCGUUCCCGAGAUGAUCCCGCUCGAGAUAAAGGAGAGGCUGUUGUGCCUGCAACGGGAGAACAAGAUGCUGAAGGCGAGGCAGAAGGAGAACGAGGAGAAACUGCCGUGCGUGCAGGCGUUGCUCGACGACUCGGAGGAGCGUCUGAACGCGCUGCGGGAGCAGAAUCGCAAGGCGGGUCAGAGGAUAACGGAGUUGGAGGCCAAGCUGGAGGAGGUGACGACGACGACGACGACGCAGCUGAGCGGCGAGAACGGCAAGAAUGACGACGCGACGGGUCAGAGGGUCGCGCAUUUGCAGGACGAGCUGCGGAAGACGCAGUCGGAGAAGGAACGGCUGACGCUGCAGUUGGAGGAACGGGAGACCGCUCUGCAGGUGCAGCGGCAGAAGGCGGCGGCUCUGCAGGAGAAACUGACGCGACGGGAAUACGAGGACGCGGCGCGCGAGGAGAAUUACAAGAAGAACGUCGAGAAGGCGAAAAGCGUGAUCAAGAGCCUCGAGUCCUCCAAGCACAGCCACUCGCCGAACGAGGCGGUGCUACGCAACCAGCUGUUGGAGCAGCGCAAGAUAAUCGAGGAGAUGGAGCGCGCCGUGAAGGAGACCAGGCUGCUGCGCGAGAUGGAGGAGAAGCUGAUGGUGUCCGCCUUCUACAAACUGAGCCUCUCCUCCCAUCGGGACGUGGUGGACCAACGGCUAGCGGCGCUCAGUUCCGGGCAAGGUCAUUCCUUCCUGGCCAGGCAGAGGCAGCCCUCGGCGAGACGCCAUUCGCCUUACAAUUCGAAAUGAGAUUCGACCGAGUUGAUUUUCGCUUACUUGGGUAUCGUUUAAAACGGGACAGCGAACGUGACAAACGGUGUAUACACAGUCCAUGGCCGUAUUAUUAGACGCACUUUGAUUUUUUUUUCGUGGAAUACAGAUUAAGAGGAGACGAGAGGCUAACUAAUUUUACACACAUACACUCACUCACUCAAAAUUCACGUAUGUUUUCGUUAUCAUCAACAAUGCAACCAGCGCGGAUUCACACUUGUUCGAUGUCAUUGCGACCACCGAGUGAAAUGACGUCAUGAAAAAUAUCUUUUAUAGAGUAAUAUAGAAUAAUAAAUUUCCUUAACAUGAUUCAAUCGAUAGGUGAGCCGUGUUAUAAAACUGGUCCUCGGAAGCCAGUGAAUUGUGAAAAAAAUUAAGGUGCGUCUAAGAACAUGGCCAGGGAGAUACGACAGCUGGUCACUUAACAUUCGUCCGAGAAGCAUAAAUUAGCUAAACGCUAGUUAGUAUUGAGAUAUUAAUAUUACAGUAUUUCCCGUACAUUAUUCCCUGGCUACAAUUGCUUCGACUGAUUCUACCUUUUUCGACACAGGUGCAACAGAAUGGCGCGAAGCGAAAAUUAAUGGGAUCGUAAUUCUUUGCGGAAACUACAGAUGAAGUUGUGCAAAUCGUAACUGGACAAAAACCAUUGAUAUCUACAUCCACUUUUUUUUUUUAGAUGUAAACUUAGUUUUUUGUCCUUUGCGUUAUGUAUUACCAAAAAUUGACAUAUUGAAUUUUUAACGCUGGAUUGUCUGCCAAAUUAUAAUUUUCUAAUUAUUAGAUACUUGUCAACGUACGUUCCUUUAUUGUACCUUAAAUGAAUAUUUAAAAGGAAGCGAACACAAACGUAUCUUUAUGACUCCGUAGUAAUCGCUACGACUGUCCUUGUUUAGUGAUGUUACAAGCGAGAAAAUACAUGCCCAAAUUUUUUGCGUUAUACUUUCAAAUAAAAAGAUGUGUCCGCAAAAUGACAUCUGUAAUCGAUUCAGUAAACUUGCAAAAUUGAACGAAUACUUACUCGAACAAUCAAUAAGUAUUCGUAAAAUAAUAUUGACAAAAUUAUGAGAAAAGAGGUUGGAAAAUAAGGUUUCAUGUAAAAUUAAUUUGGCGACUAUUUAUCGGUUGUUCGAGUGAAAAAAAUAUAUUCGUCCAAUUUCACAAGUAUGCUGAAUUGAUCACAAAUGUCAUUUUGUAGAUUUAUCUUUUCACUUGAAAAUAUAACGCAAAAAUCUUGACAAGCGUUUUUUCGCUUCUGACGUCAUUAAACAAGGACAGCCAUAGCGACUACUCCGAAAUCUUAAUGGUUAGAAAAUCUUAGAGCAUAUUUCGACAUUAUAUUUAUAUCGCAAAUGUAUCAUAUUUAUGUAAUUUUCAUAAUGGGCUCAAAAGUUAUAUAUUAAAUAAA